CUCUGCAUAGAGAUGGUCCUCUUUGUUAUCCUCGUCCUGCCCCUUCGUUCAAAGGGCAGGCACAUGGUCAUCAACUUCCUCAACAACACGCUCGUUGCUUCAAAACUCCUGCACGGCUUCAAGAUUUCCGUCAUCUUUGUCUUUGUUCUCUUUCUCGAUGCCUGCCGCGGUGUGUCGAAAAAGGCCGAAGUCAGCUCAGACUUGACCAUGAGCGAUAAACUCGCCAAUGCAAAACUCGUCUCGCAGCGCAACCUCUACCUGUGUGGAUUCAGCUUGUUCUUGGCAUUUGCACUUUGGCGAGUAGAGGGCUUGUUGGAGGAGAUUGAUGGUAGCAGUGAG